AUGGGCUUCAGCUUUGUCAACCUGGAACAGUUAACGGAGACCUACAGCACCGCGUUCUACGGCGAGUACGUCACGCACUGGCCCGAGUAUCAGCGCAUGUGUGUUCACCCGACGACGGGCAUUUGCAUGGCGUACACACUCGGCAAGGCCGAGGGAAGAGGCGAGGAUUUCCACGGGCACGUGUCCGCAGUCACAGUCGCGCCAACGUUUCGUCGCCUUGGUUUGGGAGAGGCACUCAUGAGGGAGCUCGAGACCACAACGUCCUGCCUUCACAACGCGUACUUUGUGGACUUGCUUGUGCGGCAAAGCAAUAAGGUCGCGCAGGCG